UCUGAUGAAACUCAAGAGAGACAGUUCAUAUUGCUGAUCAUUGUUUAUACAUCUGUACGAGCUAUAGAAAUAGGGAGGGAUCUUGAAAACCUCAGUGAAACAUCUUGCUGACAAGUAGACUUAGGUUGUCACCGAUACUUGGACCGAACCUUUCUGUUUUGUUUUGUUGUACUUGCAUAGCCGUCAGCAAACCAGAACUGUAGGUUGCUAAGUUAGCUAGCCAAGUUAACGUUAUGUAUUUGUUAGGAGCUGGCGUGUAGCCUUUCCAAAUUAGCAUUAUAUGCAUAUAGCUACAGUAAAACCGGGCUAGGCAGAAAUGCCUUACUGGUACGUUUUGUUUCGGAGUUUCUCAGAUAUUUAUAAUUUAGUAUGUUUGUCGAGUGCACUUGCUCGAUAAGUUAUGCUAAAGAGUCGCAUUCUGUGUUCCUAGAUAUUUUUUGUGCUCUGAAACAUUAGCUGAAGCUAACUAAUCUUGCUACUAGUGGUUUAGUGCGUGUUGGAUAAUGGGCUUUAAAUGCAAUAUGAACAUGACGAGGAAGACUUGGCUUCUGGUCAUGAUAGCAGUCGUCUCACUCGGGAUAACAGCUGGUGAGGAACAAGAAGCCACGGAUGUCCCAGAGACGAUUGCAGAGGAGCCUAAGGAGACCUCUCCAUCAGAGGAGUAUGUCCAGACUGAGGAGGGUAAAGCUGAGGAGAUAGAGAAAGAGGACCUCCCCAGCCAGCCUCCCCCAGUGGAGGAAAGACCAAAGGAAGUUCCUGUGGUGAUAGGUGGCACAGCCUCUGGGGAACCUUGCGUGUUUCCAUUUCUCUUCCUGGGGAAGGAGUAUUUGGACUGUACCACUGAGGGCAGGGGGGAUGGAAGACUGUGGUGUGCAACCACCUAUGAUUAUGACCGUGAUAAGAGAUGGGGUUUCUGUGAAACCGAGGAGCAGGCAGAGGAGAGGAGACUAGCGGAGGAGGCAGAGGAGCAGUACCAGACCACCCUCAGACUGCUCAAUGCAACUAACCGAAAGAGCCAGAAGAAAGAGUUGUAUGAGAGGCUGCUGAAAGUGGCAGGGAUGGGUCAUACCAAAGCCAUGGAGAAGGUGGCGUAUGCCAUGCUUUUCGGAGAUUACCUUCCCCAGAACAUCCCCAAAGCCAAAGACAUGUUUGAGAAGUUGGCGCUGGAGGGCUCUCCUAAAGCCCAGACGGCACUUGGUUUCCUGUAUGCAGCAGGCUUGGGAGUGAACUCUAGCCAAGCAAAGGCAUUGGUGUAUUACACUUUUGGUGCCUUGGGUGGAAACCUUGUGGCUCACAUGAUUCUGGGCUAUAGGUACUGGGGAGGUGUUGGAGUUCCUCAGAGCUGCGAAUCAGCUCUCACUCACUACAGGCAUGUGGCCAAUCACGUGGCCAGUGAUGUGUCCCUGACGGGUGGAAGUGCGGUGCAGAGGGUUCGACUGCUGGACGAGGUGGAGAGCCCUGGCUCCACCAGUGGGAUGCUGGAGGAGGACCUGAUUCAGUAUUACCAGUUCCUGGCAGAGAAAGGCGACGUUCAGGCCCAGGUGGGGCUGGGUCAGUUACACUUACAUGGAGGUCGUGGUGUGGAGCAGAACCAUCAGCGAGCCUACGAAUACUUCAACCAGGCUGCCAAUGCAGGGAAUACCCAUGCCAUGGCCUUCCUCGGAAAGAUGUAUUCUGAGGGCAGUGAUUUUUUGCCUCAGAACAACGAGACGGCCCUGCAGUAUUUUAAGAAAGCUUCUGACCUCGGUAACCCAGUGGGCCAGAGUGGUCUGGGCAUGGCCUAUCUGUAUGGCAGGGGUGUACCUGUGAACUACGAGCUUGCUCUGAAGUACUUCCAGAAAGCAGCGGAACAAGGCUGGGUGGACGGACAGCUCCAGCUGGGAACCAUGUACUACAAUGGCAUCGGGGUGAAACGGGACUAUAAGCAGGCUCUGAAGUUCUUUAACUUGGCCUCACAGGCUGGUCACAUCCUGGCGUUUUAUAACCUGGCCCAGAUGCAUGCUACAGGCACAGGAGUCAUGCGUUCCUGCCACACAGCGGUGGAGCUCUUUAAGAAUGUGUGUGAACGAGGUCGCUGGUCAGAGAGGCUGAUGGGAGCCUAUAGCAGUUUUAAGGAGGGCAACAUGGACUCUGCCGUGGUGCAGUACCUGCUGCUGGCUGAACAGGGCUAUGAGGUUGCUCAGAGCAAUGUAGCCUUCAUCCUGGAUCAGAAAGAGACACAAAUCUUCAGUGAGAAUGAAACCUAUCCUCGUGCUUUGCUUCACUGGACUAGAGCAGCUGCCCAAGGAUACACGGUGGCUAGAAUCAAACUGGGAGAUUAUCAUUUCUAUGGUUAUGGUACAGAUGUGGACUAUGAGACAGCUGUCAUCCACUACAGACUGGCCUCAGAACAGCAGCACAGUGCACAGGCCAUGUUCAACCUGGGCUACAUGCACGAAAAGGGUCUGGGUAUCAAACAGGAUAUCCACCUUGCCAAGCGUUUCUACGACAUGGCAGCGGAAGCCAGUCCAGAUGCCCAGGUGCCCGUUUUCCUGGCACUGUGUAAACUAGGCCUCAUCUACGCACUGCAGUACCUGCAGGAGCUAAAUCUGCGAGAACUUCUCUCCCAGGUGGAUCUGGACCAGUUACUGGGUCCUGAAUGGGAUCUGUACCUAAUGACAGUUAUCGCUCUACUCCUGGGAACUGUCAUCGCUUACCGCCAGAGACAGCACCAGGCAGUGCCCCGCCCGCCCCCGGGGCCUCCCCGCCCUCCAGCCGAGCCAGAACAGCCCGCUGCUCAGCCUGAGGAGCAGUGAAAGGGCGUGGCUUGGGUGGGGCCGAGGAAAGACAGUUGGAGAAGUGCAUCAUCCAUCUCAAUCUCCAUGCACCAACUACCUCCUCCACCCAAAUUCAGCCCCUGGCUCUCUACAAGCGUGACAAAAGCAGACUCUCUCUCUCUCUCUCUCUCUCUCGCUCUCGCUCUCGCUCUCGCUCUCUCUCUCUCUCUCUCUCUCUCUCUUUACUCUGCUUCAUCUUGUUGCUAAGCUGUUGUCUGGAGGCUGGAUGAUGACAGAAACUAAAUGGAAAAUUAAAAGAGAGACACGUUUAAAGAAAAAAAAAAAAAAAAACCUCUUCGGUUUGUGACUCAGGGUUUUGCCAGUUGAACCUCCCUGUAUCGUGACGCUCUGUGCUAACGGUUUUUAGCUCAGGCGUCGAGGAAUGACUUUGUCAAUCUUGAAUAAAACACGGCUGUCGCUUAUUUUUUCUCAUUCACUAUGCUAAGGACCUAAUUUAUUUUUCUCUUGAGUUGCUUGAGUUUUCACCCAUCCCCCCCCUUGGCUUAUUUUGGGGAAGUGGGUUUUAUUUGGAUCAAAUCAUACCUAGCCUUGUAUGCUAACUGAAGGACUUCAGGGCUCUGAACGGGCUCAGAGCUGAAUAGAAACAAUUACCAUUCUUUUCAGCGUAUGGUUUUUUUUUUCCUCAUGCUUGGUUUGUUCUAGCCAGCUGUGUUUUAUGUGUUAACAUGUUUUGUCUUCUUUUUUGACCAACAUGUUUCCUUAGCAUAAAUUCAUUGGCAAAAAAAAAAUUUGUUAGCAAAGUAGGCUACAAGGAAUCAAGACCCUACUCCUAUGCAUCUGGAAUGUAAAGGAUGCAUCCUAUGCAUCCAUUACAGGACUAGCAGCAGAGAUAUCAGCUGUCCGAAGCUUCUUCAUAGCUGUACUUACUUAUCUCCUCUAGUAGUUAUUGUCUAAGACUAUUCCCACCCUUGGCCACUAGGAUGGACUAUCAUGAUUCAGUGGAAAGGAUAUGCGGUGACUUGUUAGUGUGGUGUAGCAUUUUUAAAACUCUAAUCUCCCAAAGUGUGAUACAAGAAUUGAUCUGUUUGGGGGGGGGGAAAAGGAGAGAAAAAUAUGUCAGUAAGAUUUUGAGGACUUUGACCUGAUAUUUUGCAAGGCACAUCUAUCAUUCAUAAUUUUUGUUUUUUUGGUUCAGAAUAGAUGAGUAGUUUCAAAUGUCAGAUUUUUCUGUUGAGACAGUAUUGUUUUGGGUGUAAAGGGGGGGGGGGGGUGUUGACGAAAAUGUUAAGAAAUAUCUUUAUUCAUAAAGCUGAAUAACAGUGCCCUGAAACAUGCUUUGCGAUGUGUGAAUUCUUUGUAUUAUCAAUCUGAGGUCAUUUUAAUUUUUUUUUUUUUUUUUUUUGAGAAAAACAAACUUCACAUUUUGGUUUGAAUGUUGAAGCAUGUCUGAAGGUUUUGGGCCUGAUUGUCUUUUCUGUGGUUGAUUUACAUGUCUGAUCACAUAGCAAUACAGUAAUGUUUGAUGUGCAAAACUUGUGAAGAAACAAAUGUAUCUGUAUAUAGGGUGUAUAGAGAUUUGUCGAUUUUCAUGAGAGAAUUCUCAGAAUGGUCCACCUCUAAUUGUAAUGAUUUGAAGUCUUUAAAACUAAGCGUAAUUAAUUUAAAAAAUACAAUAUUUUUUUUUUUCCAUGCUCAGUCAGUCCUGGUAGAUUCCUGUACACAAUAUGACUUGAGAAGAGGGGGGGGGGGGCAUUUUUACAAUGAUAAUGUCUAUAGUUUGUAAAGAAUUAAUAAAAUGAUCAGUGGGCUAUGAACAUU